AUGAUACCAUGUUCCUGUGUCCCUCCAGGCGUCCGAGCCAAACUGAGCGUGCUCAACACGAUGUCCAGGAUCCGAGGGGAGGGGGGGGCGGCGGGCUACCCGCCGACAGAGAGCAUGCUGGGAGAUUGCAUGUCCCACUACGGCCGGGAGCUCGGUGCUGCUUCGGAAUUUGGCGCCGCCCUGACGGGGGCGGGUGGAGCUCUGCUGCAGGUCGCUCAGGCCAGAGACGCCCUGGGUGUCGACAUCAAGCGCACCUUCAUCCACCCGCUGCAGGAGCUCCAGAACACGGAGCUCAAGGAGAUCCGGUACCAGCUGAAGAAGCUGCAUGGCCGUCGGCUGGACUUUGACUACGAGAGGAGACGUAGAGGGAAUGUCCCGGCGGAGGACGUCCAGCGGGCCUGGGACAAGUUCCUUCUGUCCAAGGAGCAGGCGGAGCGCAGCAUGUUCGUCCUGCUGCAGAGAGACGUGGAUCAGCUCAGCCGUCUGGCCGCUCUGGUCGGCGCUCUGCUCGACUUCCACCGCAACGCCCACCGCAUCCUGCUGGGUCUCCAUGGCGACCUGCAAGCCAGGUGA